UUUGUAUGGGACCCCACAGAGGUAGCAUUUUGAGUGGCUUUUAUUUCCCCUUUUUAAAAUCCCAUUUUAACUUUAUAUUAAAGAAGCAAAUAAGCACAAAGCGCAGAAGGUACUUUAAAAUUCGAAAACAUCAGAAAAAAAAAUACAAAAAAAAAAGAAUGGGUCUGUCUACCAUUCCUUGGAUCCCAACGAAAGAGAAAGUGAGGACGUAUAAACUGCCUCGGCAAAGCAGACUUAUAAAUAAAAGAUUCAUGCGGGAUAAGAAGGGUGGCCGCAGGUAUCGUUUGAAGAAACAGCGGU